UUGACGAAGGUCAUGGCCCAAGCAAGCGAGAGACCGUGUGAGCUCAAAGGUCAACGCUCACUGCUGGUUUCUACUCGAGGAUAUCAUAAAUCUGAAGGCAUGAUUGUGCACAUAACUAUAAAUCUACGGCCUGCCCGAAGAGCUUACAUAGUACGGGUUGGACUUGGCUUCAACUUCUGAAAUAAAUGUGCUGCUCUUCCGGCCCCCCGGGCAGCAAAAGAAAGCGCCGUCUGGAUUCCGAUCUCGCUUCUGCAAGAGGGACACCAUUGCGGGCUCAGUGCCGGGUGUAUAGCUGCCUGCAUUGGAAUUAGAGGCUAUAUACCUUCUCAGCCCGAGAAGGCACAUGCACUUGGCAAUCAACAAAGGUUACCGCUCAGGCACAACAUCUGUGGAUAUGGAACUUGUGACACAUAACGUAACCUUUAACCUUCGUACAUAUAUAGGCAAUCUUGAGGGAACAAUGCAUUUGGCAACUAAGCGCAUCAAGCAACUUGGACUUGUGGUAACAGGAAUGUGCACAGCGGUGGUUCUUCUGCUGUUUGUUCACACCAACCGAAGCAAGACCAAAACCUUACCAAAAGAUGUUGGACACAGGACAGCGCAACAUCGUCUAGAGGGCGCACUUUCCAUCAUUCAUGGCACUAAACAAAAAAUAAAUACGCAGAGCGAAGAUGAAUUCAUGGUAACUCAGGUAUUGGUUCAACAGAAACGUCAACGUCAAAUUCGCGAGGGUUGCCAAGCAAUGGCCAACUUCACAAGAAAUGUCCCAACAUUCGAGAAACUUCCAAAGCAGGCACUGACGCACUUAAUCGUCGAUGACAACUACCGGCUUCUGUACUGCUCUGUCCCCAAGGUGGCCAGCACCAGCUGGGUACGGAUUUUCCUGGUCUUGAAAGGCGUCUUGGAAAAAGAAAAUGAUGUCGAACAGAAAUUUGUCCAUAGGGGUGCGAUGGAAAGCUUACGCUUAUUAAGCUCGUACACGGACAGUGAGGUGCGAACUAUAUUGAGUACUUACACCAAAAUCGUUUUCGUGAGGAAUCCGUUCACUAGAUUAUUGUCUGCCUUCAGAAACAAGCUGGAAUCCAAGGAAUCACCCAAUGGCCACAAUCUGUGGAAGGGGUGGGUUCACCGCAUCAAAAAUCAGGGCCGGAACGGACCGCCGCCUGUGGAAUUGGGUUCAGAAGCCCAAGAGGGCAAUCUGACGUUUCGCGAGUUUGUAAGAUACGUCAGCAACCGUAGUGCGAUGGCCAACAAACAUUGGACCAGCAUGGUACACAGGUGUCGCCCUUGUCAGAUCAACUACACGUUUGUCGGGAAAAUAGAAACAAUCAAAGCGGACUCGAGGGCUCUUUUUAAACUCGCGAAGAUCGACAAGUUGGUUUCCUUUCCAGAUGCUGGUGGUAGCAGUCCUACAAACAGCUCGACUUCCAAAAUAAUAGCAUCGUACUUCGCCGAAUUAUCAUCCACUGACAUCAAUCGGCUACACAAAAGGUACCAAUGGGAUUUCAGAAUUUUUGGCUACAACUUAGAGCAGGGACAUCACGGCACGUCGCCCAGUUGGACCGCAUGAAUUUAUUUUUGCUUGGAAACAUUAAAUUACAUGUACUUCAUAAUUUAGGGUUUGCUCAGUGCGUUCUUCAUUGUUUGCUAUGUUCAUCAGAGUCUUUAGCUUAAUGCCGUGGAUAAUACAUUUUUGUAGAGUCGUGCGAAGCAUCAUAAUAGAAUGCUUCAUAGGCAAAAGGAUUAAUAACAGAACAAAAAUUCUCUCUGAGGUUUUGAAUUUUGCUAGACAAAAAAGAAAACCGAUACUUUUGAUAACUAACUUACAAUGUAUCGCGUAUUUGGGCGAGCUGACAAAGGAAAUCUUUAAAAACAAAGUUCAUGAGGAACAUACCACGUGGUUACAAGUAUAGGGUAGGUAGUAUCGUGUUCGUUGAUCCAUAGUGCGCCUCCAAGAGUUUGCAACGCGUUGGCCAGUCACAACGCGUGAAAUCCGUCGACCCUUUCCAGAUGC